CUGCUCACUCACUCACUCACUCACUCGCACACAACUCCUUUCAAGAACACCUUGUUACGGAACACAAGUAAUAGUAGUGAUCCAAUUAAUGGAGGUUUCCCGCAAGCUCCUCCCGGCCGCGCUCCUCCUCGCGCUGCUGCUCCUCGCGGCCACAGAUGGGGAUCAGAUGAUGGUGGCUGAGGCCCGGACGUGCGAGUCCCGGAGCCACAGGUUCAGGGGCCCCUGCAUGCGCGCGUCCAACUGCCGCAACGUGUGCAAGACCGAGGGCUUCCAGGACGGCAAGUGCCGCGGCUUCCGCCGCCGCUGCUUCUGCGUCUCCCAGUGCCACCAUUGACCUGAAGAUCAACGCCAUCGUGGAUCCGGCUCCUGGCCUCCAGCCAGCCAGCCAAGCCGGCCACCACCCUCUUUCAAUUCCAGUGGCUCCGUGCAUGCAUGGCUAGCUUUGCACUUUGUCACUUGUUUGCUUAAUUUGUGUGUCGUCGUCGUACGUCGUGUCCCCGUGAAUAAACAAACUGGAGCCUGCAGCCUUGGCAGAUCCUUCAUCCUUGUAGUGUUUAAUUAAGGGGUUUAAUUAAUCCAGUCCUUUCUUAUGUCUCCGCACCGUUUUGCUUUGUCCGAUGUUUAGGGUUCGUCGUGUCGGUAUGAUGGUACUGUAAAUUUAAGGUUUGCGCCACUCACAAGAUUUUGGUUUACUGCUAUCGAAGAGAUUCCACGCA